GGCUCGACAGCGAGCACCGCGUCAUCUGGCAAGGCAGUGGGCUCCGAGUCAACUGGCAUGACCGCGGGCGCUGGGUCAAACAUUGGAUCGUCUGGCUGGACAGCGGGCAUCGGGUCACCAGGCAUCAGGUCAUUUGGCUCGACAGCGGGCACUGCGUCAUCUGGCAUGGCAGUAGGCACCACACGUCACCAGGCACGACAGUGGGCUCUGAGUCAAUUGGCACGACAGCGGGCACCGGGUCAUCAGGUACCGGAUUGUCUGGCUCGACAGCGGGUAUCGGGUCACCAGGCAUCAGGUCAUUUGGCUCGCCAGCGGGCACCGCGUCAUCUGGCAAGGCAGUGGGCACCGAGUCACCAGGCACGACAGCGGGCUCUGAGUCAAUUGGCACGACAGUGGGCACCGGAUCAGGUACCGGAUCGUCUGGAUCAACAGCGGGCAUGAGUCAACUGGC